ACCUGGCGAAGCUUUGUGCUGUCCACAAUUGUUUUCAGAAAAGAAUACAAACAAAACAAAUUCAAGCGUUUUGGCAGGCAAAGAAAGAUGACGGAACGUUAUGUGUACUGUAACGGACGAGCGCACGAAGGAACCGUGAGUGUGUCAACUAACAAGCAACUUUCUUCACAGGCAGCAAUGAAACCUCAAAGUGUAACCAAUCGCCACAUGAACUGGCUGAUACACGGUUUGUAUACCAGGAAGCAUUUUGAGCAGUGCAAAAAAUUGAUUGACCGUCAGCUGGGCAUUUGCUACGACAAGCAGUACUUAUACUACAUGAAGGGUCUUAUUUUGCGAGAGGAAAACAACUCAACCGAAGCCGUACACUGCUUUCAACAAGCGAUUGCGCUGAACAAAAAAGAACCAGAAAACUACAAGGAACUCGCCAAAACACUAUAUUCUAUGGGAAAAUUUCGCAAUGCUUUAGAAGUAUUUUUGAAAGCGGAAACUCUACUUGAACGACCUGACCACGAAAUCUAUCAUCACAUUGGUGAGCUGUAUUACAAAAAUUUCGGACAGCCAAAGGCGGGUGUCGGUGAGGCAAAGGAAUAUCUCAAGCAAGCCGUCACUUGCGGUAAGCACGUAGAAAGCUAUAAGAUUUUGGCCCAAAUUUACAUCGAAGAAGGAGACAGCAUCAAAGCGAUUGAAAUGAUAGAAAAUUGUUUGCAAAUAACGCAAGAUGACGUAUCCUUGAUGACGCAGAUAGGUAUACUGUACUUGAAAAUCAACGAGUACCAGCGGGCGUUUGAAAAAUUACUUGAUGCAACGGCAACCGAUUCCAAGCAUACAAGCGCCCUACUAGCAUUGGGAUCAAUAUUACAAUCAAAAAAUGACAUUGACGGUGCCCUUAAUAAGUAUAAACGAAUAUCGAAUUUAACAGACGAAAGCUCGGAAGUUUGGAGUAACAUCGGUUUAUGCUUUUUCAAGAAGCAAAAAUUUAUUGCUGCAAUUUCAUGUCUUAGGAAAGCAACCUGGGUUUCGCCGUUGAACUUUAACGCGCUUUACAAUCUUGGACUGGUGUUGGUAACAGCCCAACAAUACGUGAGUGCCUUUCAAACGCUAGCUGCUGCGAUAAGUCUACGGCCAGAGCAUGCCGAGUGCUACAUGUUGCUGGGAACUUGUCUGCGGCAUUUAAAUGAUCCCGGAAACGCUUACCUUUCGCUGGAGAAGUCAACCAUGCUUCCGGACGCCGUCAAGAACCCGCUAAUCUAUCUUAACUUCGCACUCUAUUGUUACGAAGUCGGAAAAUCGGACCAAUCCGUGCUGUAUCUGAGCAACUUUCUCGACAUGACUCAACACAUUACGGUCCAUCGUGAGUACCUAAAAAUGGCCGACCGACUUAACGGAGCUCUUGCGGUGGCUGCUGGUGGGCAGAUUGAUGCUCCUACCGCACCAGACACAGGAGGACACACCGGGGGUCUUGACCGUACCGAGAAGGAUCACCGGAUGCAGGAUGAAACUGUUGUCAACAUGUCCAGUGGUGGAUUGGCGGACGCGCGGAAUGAGGGCGCUGUCGAAGAGGAUGGCUCCGACGGUGAUUUACCCUGAUGUGCAUUGCAACAAAGGAAAAGAUGUAGACUUCUUGAAAGGAUUAGCAAUGGAGGGUCCACUGCUGGUUGGAACUUUAUUAUCUUGUUUUUUUUUUUAAGCUAAUGCUUUUACGCUAUUAUUCCAAGGAUAGCCCGGCUCAGAUUCCUUGAAAUCUCUAGAAAGCAGUAUCAACCCGUUGUGGUGUUGCAUAAUUUUAACGUCUAGUUUGAACUGCUUCGGACUGUUUUGUUUUAUCCCGUCUUUCGUUGGUGGAGCUUUCACCACUGGGCGUGUAGUUUUUUUUUGUCAUUUACACUAGUCCUAGAUAUAAUGUUGCAUGCAGUAUAAUGAAGACAAACUGACGUUAGAUAAGAACAGAAAACAAACAACGCAGUACGCGUCGUAUAAAUAAAUGAUGAACACUAA